AUGUCCGUUUUACUGUUAAUUCUUUUAAUUCUGUGCCGUCUACCAAUUAAGACUCUCCUACGCUUCAGAUGCUUGUCAAAAACAUGUUGUUCCUGUAUUGACAGCCCAGAUUUCCUUCAUCUUAAUCGAUCCAUCAAAAUAAGCACCAAUCGUAGACUCAUUAUUGAUGAAAUUAAGCCAAAGGGUUUGAUCUUCGCUGUGGACUUAGACUCAUCAGAUGGAUGCCCUCUGGAGCUCCAUCCCCCCCAUAAACCAUUCGUGGAUACCGUUGAGAGUGUUUAUGAUUGUUUUACUGGCAAGCGGAUUCUUAGGUCUAACAAGUUUUCCCCAGAUGCAUUUGGCUCCUGCAAUGGCUUGCUUGCUAUGUACAAUGGUGGAGGCAUGAGCUUGUGGAAUCCAUCAACGAAGAAGCACCAAAUUUUACCUAAAUUUUGGAGUCAUGAUGAGUACAAUCGUCGUGACAAAAUCUUGGUUGGAUUUGGCUAUGAUUCGAUUAACAAUGACUACAAGGUGAUCAUGAUGUUUCAACGUAAAGGUAUGUCUCUACACUACAUCAAAAACCACUAGAUCAGAGUUAUGGUUUACAGUUUGAAAGGUAAUUCUUCAACAAGGAUUAAAGACCUAAAUAAUUAUUAUAUUCCUUGCAAUGGCGACUCCGGUGUUGCUGUUAGUGGGUCACUGCAUUGGGUGGUUAGUAACAUGGUCGAUGACAUGUUACUCGC